UUGGAGCAAUCAAGGGGUAAUUAUUAUUCCUGGAUUUAAGAAAACAGAUGACUUAUCUGUACCAGCAGAUCCAAUUAUGAAUUGUAUUAUGGAAUGCAAAAGUGGACAAAAGCCCGGAGACGUAUCAGGUACACGUCAGGUAUGUAACGAUGGUGGUGUUACUGGUGCUAUUGUCAUCUCGUUAAUUGAACAAUAG